UGCCAGGCCUGUGGGCCAGGAGGGGGGCUCCUGCUGGCGUCCAGGCAGGGACUGUCGCUGGCCUUUCCCUACGCUGUGUCUCCAGGCUGGACUGGCCCUGAACGGCAUGGCGGGGCCCCAAAGUGUCUCCUUGGUGCUGCUGCUUCCUCUGCUGCUGCCGCUGGGGCCAACCUGGCAUGCAGCUGCCCAACGCUGCCCGCAGACCUGCGUCUGCGACAAUUCCAGGCGGCAUGUUGCCUGCCGGCACCAGAACCUCACCGAGGUGCCGGAUGCUAUCCCUGAGCUGACCCAGAGGUUGGACCUCCAGGGCAACAUGCUGAAGGUGAUCCCGCCAGCUGCCUUCCAGAACCUGCCUUACCUGACACAUCUGGACCUGCGGCACUGCCAGGUGGAGCUGGUCGCCGAGGGUGCCUUCCGUGGCCUGGGCCGCCUGCUCCUCCUCAACUUGGCCUCCAACCACGUGAGCGCGCUGCCCCAGGAGGCGCUGGAUGGGUUGGGCUCGCUGCAGCGACUGGAGCUGGAGAGCAACAUGCUGGAGGAGCUGCGGCCGGGCACGUUUGGGGCGCUGGGCGCGCUGGCCACGCUGAACCUGGCCCACAACGCUCUCGUCUACCUGCCCUCCAUGGCCUUCCAGGGCCUGGUGCGCAUGCGUUGGCUGCAGCUAUCCCACAACUGCCCGCGCGCCUGCGUAUGCGCCCCGGAGUCCCGGCAUAGUGGCUGCGAAGGCCAAGGGCUGCGGGCAGUGCCCCGCGGCUUCCCAAAUGACACCCAACUCCUGGACUUGAGGCGGAACCACUUCCCCUUGGUACCCCGAGAGGCCUUCCUGGGCCUGGACCUCCUGGUGUCUCUGCACCUGCAGCACUGUGGCAUCACGGAGCUGGAGGCAGACGCCCUGGCAGGACUCGGCAGCCUGAUCUACCUCUACCUCUCUGAUAACAGGCUGUCAGGCCUCAGCGCUGCCGCCCUGGAAGGGGCCCCCCGCCUUGGCUACCUGUACUGGAGCACAACCGCUUCCUACAGGUGCCAGGGGCUGCCCUGCGCGCCCUGCCCAGCCUCUUCUCCCUGCACCUACAGGACAAUGCUGUGGAACACCUGGUCCCCGGGGAGCUGUCAGGCUUGCAGGCCUUGCGCUGGCUCUACCUAAGUGGGAACCGCAUCACCCAAGUGUCCUCUGGGGCACUGGGCCCAGCCCCAGAGCUGGAGAAGCUGCACCUAGACAGGAACCAGCUGCAAGAGGUGCCCACUAGGGCACUGGAGGGGCUUCCUGCUCUCCUGGAGCUAC